AUGACGGAGUCUUUCAUGGAGACCAUGAAAGCCAUCGAGGUUCCCUGUUGCUGGCCAGGGGUGCUGGGCAGACAGGUCCUCUUCCCAGGAGCCCAUUGGCUUCAUCUCCCAACCCUGGGCCUGGACACAGAGAAGAGGGACAGCGCACAGUGCCCACUGGUGAGCUCUCCACUGGAGCUCCUGAAGACCUGGAAACAUAGCAACAAGUCUGGACUCCGUGUUGAGUUGAGAGAUGCAAUUUAUUUGAGAACUCCUUCAGCAUCACUGACAGUGCGUCUGCAGCUUCCACAGGCCCGCACCGGCUACCAGACGCACAUAGGCAAAGAGACUUGUAAAGGCACCGUUGUGUGGCUGUUUCCCCUGAGUCUGGCACUUGAGGCUGCGGGGCAGAAGAAGAAUUUUCUGUCUGCAGAGUACUUGAAUGAGCCUUUCCGAGCACAGAGGGCGAUGAGCGUUGUCAGCAUCAUGACUUCUGUCAUCGAGGAACUUGAAGAGUCCAAGCUGAGGUGCCCACCCUGCUUGAUCAGCUUGGCUCAGAAGUAUCUUAUCUGGGAGUGCUGCCCCAAGUGGAUGAAGUUCAAGAUGGUCCUCUUCGAGCUGGUGACCGAUCCCUUUGCAGAGCUCACCAUCACCCUGUGCAUUGUGGUGAACACCAUCUUCAUGGCCAUGGAGCACUACCCCAUGACCGAGGCCUUCGAUGCCAUGCUCCAAGCCGGCAACAUUGUCUUCACGGUGUUUUUCACGAUGGAGAUGGCCUUCAAGAUCAUUGCCUUCGACCCUUACUACUACUUCCAGAAGAAGUGGAAUAUCUUCGACUGCGUCAUCGUCACCGUGAGCCUGCUGGAGCUGAGCAUAGCCAAGAAGGGCAGCCUGUCUGUGCUUCGGACCUUCCGCCUGAACUCAGUAUUUCUCUCCGUGCAGGCCCUGAACGCUGCAUCUGUCCAGUUCAGGCCUGGUCCUUUCAUCUCUGUCUCCACUGUGAAGAGCCUCUUUCAGAUCAGGCCUGAUGUUAGCAUGGCUGCUCCUCCCACGGACAAGCUGACGGACACACUGCGGGUCUUCAAGCUGGCCAAAUCCUGGCCCACCCUGAACACACUCAUCAAGAUCAUUGGGAACUCCGUGGGGGCCCUGGGCAACCUGACCUUCAUCCUGGCCAUCAUUGUCUUCAUCUUUGCCCUGGUUGGAAAGCAGCUUCUCGGGGAGGACUAUGGGUGCCGCAAGGAUGGCAUCGCUCUGUGGAAUGAUGAGCAGCUCCGCUGGCACUUGUGCGACUUCUUCCAUUCCUUCCUCGUCAUCUUCCGGAUCCUCUGCGGAGAAUGGAUUGAGAACAUGUGGGUCUGCAUGCAAGUCAGCGAGAAAUCCAUCUGCCUCAUCCUUUUCUUGACUGUGAUGGUGCUGGGCAACCUGGUGGUGCUCAACCUUUUCAUCGCCUUGCUGCUGAACUCCUUCAGUGCUGACAACCUCACGGCCCCUGAGGAUGAUGGGGAGGUGAACAACUUGCAGGUAGCACUGGCCAGGAUUCAGGCAUUUGGCCAGCGGGCCAGUCAGGCCAUUUCCAGUUACUUCGGCAGCCACUGCCGGCUCCGCUGGCCGAAGGUGGAGCCCCAGCUCGGGGUGAAACCCUCCCUCACCAGCUCCAAAGCUGAGAACCACGUUGCUGCUGAUGCCGUCAGCAGUGCGGUGGGAAACUCGGCAAAGGCAGCUCUCGGUGGCCCCAAGGAGGACCACAGGGACGACUUCAUCACCGAUGCUAAUGUGUGGGUCUCUGUGCCCAUUGCUGAGGGAGAAUCUGAUCUCGAUGAGCUCGAGGAAGACAUUGAGCAGAAUUCUCAGAGCUCUUGGCGGGAAGAGAGCCCCAGAGGACAGUACAGGACCCCAGUGCAGGGGCACUGCCCACAUUCAGGCAUCAGGAACAGCUGCCGCAAGUCCAAAGGUGUGAAGACCAAGUACCUAACAGCCCAGGCUCUGGGAUGUCCUCGGAGGACCUGGCUUCAUACCUGGGUGAGGGAUGGAAAAGUGAGGCUACCCCUCAAGUCCCUGCCGAGGGUGUGGGACCUAGGGCCAGUUCCUGCUCCGCAAGCCUGCAACUUCAUCUACAGAACUCAUGGCAGCACCUAUUUGGGAGUGGAUGAUACAAGCUCUUCUGAGGGCAGCACGGUGGACUGCCCAGAUCCAGAGGAGAUCCUGAGGAAGAUCCCCGAGCUGGCAGACGACCUGGAAGAACCAGAUGACUGCUUCACAGAAGGCUGCAUGCGCCACUGUCCCUGCUGCAAAGUGAAUACCAGCAAGUUUCCGUGGGCCACCGGCUGGCGGUUGCGCAAGACCUGCUACCGCAUCGUGGAGCACAGCUGGUUCGAGAGUUUCAUCAUCUUCAUGAUCCUGCUCAGCAGCGGGGCGCUGGCCUUUGAGGAUAGCUACCUGGAACAAAAGCCCCGAGUGAAGUCUCUGCUGGAGUACACCGACAGAGUGUUCACCUUCAUCUUCGUGUUUGAGAUGUUGCUCAAGUGGGUGGCCUAUGGCUUCAAAAAAUAUUUCACCAAUGCCUGGUGUUGGCUGGACUUCCUCAUUGUGAAUAUCUCCCUGACAAGCCUCAUAGCAAAGAUCCUCAACUAUUCAGACGUGGCAUCCCUCAAAGCCCUUCGGACUCUCCGUGCCCUCCGACCACUGCGGGCUCUGUCUCGAUUCGAAGGCAUGAGGGUAGUGGUGGAUGCGCUGGUGGGCGCCAUCCCCUCCAUCAUGAACGUCCUCCUUGUCUGCCUCAUCUUCUGGCUCAUCUUCAGCAUCAUGGGCGUGAACCUCUUUGCAGGGAAAUUUUCGAGGUGCAUUGACACCAGCAAUAAUCCAUUUUCUGUUGUGAAUUCGACCAUUGUGACUAACAAGUCUGAGUGUGAAAAUCAAAACCACACUGGCCAUUUCUUCUGGGUCAACGUGAAAGUCAACUUUGACAAUGUUGCUAUGGGUUACCUCGCACUUCUUCAGGUGGCAACAUUCAAAGGCUGGAUGGACAUUAUGUAUGCGGCUGUCGAUUCCCGAGAGAUCAACAGCCAGCCUCAGUGGGAGGACAACCUGUACAUGUACCUCUACUUCGUCGUCUUCAUCAUUUUUGGAGGCUUCUUUACACUGAACCUCUUUGUUGGGGUCAUAAUUGACAACUUCAAUCAACAGAAGAAAAAGAUAAGAGGUCAGGACAUCUUCAUGACAGAGGAGCAGAAGAAGUACUACAAUGCCAUGAAGAAGCUGGGCUCCAAGAAGCCCCAGAAGCCUAUCCCACGGCCCCUGAAUAAGUACCAGGGCUUUGUGUUUGACAUCGUGACCAGGCAAGCUUUUGAUAUCGUCAUCAUGGUCCUUAUUUGCCUCAACAUGAUCACCAUGAUGGUGGAGACUGAUGAGCAGAGUGAGGAGAAGACAAAGAUCCUGGGCAGAAUCAACCAGUUCUUCGUGGCCGUCUUCACGGGCGAGUGUGUAAUGAAGAUGUUCGCCCUGCGGCAGUAUUACUUCACCAAUGGCUGGAAUGUGUUCGACUUCAUCGUGGUGAUCCUGUCCAUUGGGAGUCUGGUGUUUUCUGCAAUCCUUAAGUCACUUGAAAGUUACUUCUCCCCUACACUCUUCCGGGUCAUCCGUCUGGCCAGAAUCGGCCGCAUCCUCAGGCUGAUCCGAGCAGCCAAGGUCCGAACACUGCUCUUUGCCCUCAUGAUGUCCCUGCCUGCUCUCUUCAACAUCGGCCUCCUGCUUUUCCUUGUCAUGUUCAUCUACUCCAUCUGCAUGGCCAGCUUUGCCAAUGUUGUGGAAGAGGCUGGCAUCGACGACAUGUUCAACUUCCAGACCUUCGGCAACAGCAUGCUGUGCCUUUUCCAGAUCACCACAUCAGCAGGCUGGGAUGGCCUCCUCAGUCCCAUCCUCAACACAGGUCCCCCAUACUGUGACCCCAACCUGAGCAACAACAGUACCUCCAGGGGGAACUGUGGGAGCCCAGCAGUGGGCAUCGUCUUCUUCACCACCUACAUCAUCAUCUCCUUCCUCAUCGUGGUCAACAUGUACAUCGCGGUGAUUCUGGAGAACUUCAAUGUUGCCACAGAGGAGAGCACAGAGCCCCUGAGUGAGGAUGACUUUGACAUGUUCUAUGAGACCUGGGAGAAGUUCGACCCAGAGGCCACCCAGUUCAUUGCCUUUUCUGCCCUCUCGGAUUUUGCAGACACACUCUCUGGCCCUCUUAGAAUCCCAAAACCCAAUCAGAAUAUAUUAAUCCAGAUGGACCUGCCAUUGGUGCCUGGAGAUAAGAUCCACUGUUUGGACAUCCUUUUUGCCUUCACAAAGAAUGUCUUGGGAGAAUCUGGAGAGUUGGAUUCUCUGAAGACUAAUAUGGAAGAGAAAUUUAUGGCAACUAACCUUUCCAAAGCAUCCUACGAACCGAUAGCAACCACCCUCCGGUGGAAGCAGGAAGACAUCUCAGCCACUGUCAUUCAAAAGGCCUAUCGGAGCUAUGUGUUACAGCGCUCCUUGACGCUCUCCAACCCCCUGAGAGUGCCCAGGGCUGAGGAGGAUGAUGCGCCACUCCCUGGUGAAGGCUACGUCACAUUCAUGGCAAAUAACAGCGGCGGGCUCCCAGACAAAUCAGAAACUGCUUCUGCCACAUCGUUUCCACCAUCCUAUGACAGUGUCACCAGGGGCCUGAGUGACAGCUCAAUGCACAAUGAAGAUGAAGUCACCAGUAAGGAGGGGGGCAGCCCUGGACCUCAGUGAGGACACUCCAGCAUGCACAGGGCAGGUUCAAAUAUCGUCCUCUGCUGUGGCCUCUUUCCCUCGAGAGGUGGUACUCAUCUAUGGCCUUACCCAUGCAUGCCACUGGUCACUGUGCCAGAGUUGAGUGGGGACAUCCUUGAGAAAGCCCCCAUACCAAUAGGAAUCAAAAGACAAGGAUACAUCUCCACUUUGAUGUCUCUUCUGAUUUCCAGAAAAUGUCACUGCUCCAUUUAUUUUGGUUGUGACUAGAGAUAUGAUUUCCCAUGACCAACCUCUCAGAACCAGACCUUCUAGAGACAUGUGGCAAGGACAUUUCAGAUGGUCUCGGGUAGUCUUAGAGAAGCACAUAGGGAGGGCAUUGCUGAUUUGGGUUUGCAUGACUGCAUGCUCACAGCCUCUGGACAGCACC